UUUUACCAUUUUUUGUGCUAUAAAACACCUUGUCUCUUUCAUUUGCGACCCAGCACGGGGGAAUUUUCUCUUUGUAAAAACAGAAAUAUUUUCUAGGGAAACUUUGCAUUUGCAACCCUUAUUUGACUUUCGAUCUGCUCAGAUCUGCUUUUGAAUCCUCAACUUCUGAAUAGUCAAUAUGGGAGGAGGGUUCAGAGUGCUUCAUCUGGUUAGACCAUUCCUUUCAUUUCUGCCAGAGGUUCAGAGUGCUGACAGGAAAGUUCCCUUUAGAGAGAAGGUCAUCUACACCGUCAUCUCUCUCUUCAUCUUUCUGGUGUGCAGUCAGCUUCCACUUUAUGGCAUACAUUCUACGACAGGAGCUGAUCCAUUCUAUUGGAUGCGUGUUAUUCUUGCGUCAAACCGUGGAACUGUUAUGGAACUUGGGAUUACCCCCAUUGUGACAUCUGGAUUGGUGAUGCAACUCCUGGCUGGUUCAAAGAUCAUUGAGGUGGACAACAGUGUUCGUGAGGAUCGGGCACUCUUAAAUGGGGCUCAAAAGUUGUUGGGCAUCCUGAUUGCUGUGGGUGAGGCUGUGGCAUAUGUACUGUCUGGUAUGUAUGGCAGUGUUGGUCAGCUUGGUGUUGGGAAUGCUAUUCUUAUUAUUAUCCAACUCUGCUUUGCUGGAAUCAUUGUGAUCUGUCUGGAUGAGCUUCUCCAGAAGGGUUAUGGUUUGGGCUCUGGGAUCUCCCUUUUCAUAGCCACCAAUAUCUGCGAAAACAUUAUCUGGAAAGCUUUUAGUCCUACAACUAUCAACAGUGGUCGAGGGGCUGAAUUUGAAGGUGCUGUUAUUGCUAUGUUCCACCUACUGAUAACUAGGUCUGACAAAGUUCGAGCACUUCGCGAGGCUUUCUAUAGGCAGAAUCUUCCAAAUGUCACCAAUUUACUUGCUACAGUGUUGAUCUUCCUUAUUGUCAUCUACUUCCAAGGUUUCCGUGUUGUUUUACCUGUAAGAUCAAAGAAUGCUCGUGGACAGCAAGGGUCAUAUCCAAUUAAGCUUUUCUACACCUCCAACAUGCCUAUCAUCCUGCAAUCUGCCCUUGUUUCAAAUCUUUAUUUCAUCUCCCAGUUACUGUACAGGAAGUACAGUGGUAACUUCUUUGUGAAUCUGUUGGGGAAGUGGAAGGAAUCUGAAUAUUCAGGUGGUCAGUUUAUUCCUGUUGGUGGUCUAGCAUACUACGUUACUGCACCUGCAAGCUUGGCUGACAUGGCUGCAAAUCCCUUCCAUGCUCUGUUUUAUCUGGUGUUCAUGCUUUCAGCAUGUGCCUUGUUUUCAAAAACUUGGAUUGAGGUUUCUGGUUCUUCUGCCAGAGAUGUGGCUAAGCAGCUCAAGGAACAACAAAUGGUGAUGCCUGGGCAUAGAGAUUCAAAUCUACAGAAGGAACUGAACCGCUACAUACCAACUGCAGCUGCAUUUGGUGGGAUGUGCAUUGGUGCAUUAACAGUGUUAGCCGAUUUCAUGGGAGCAAUUGGUUCAGGGACUGGAAUAUUGCUUGCUGUUACGAUCAUAUAUCAGUACUUUGAGACCUUUGAGAAGGAGAGAGCCAGUGAACUGGGCUUCUUCGGCUUCUAAGCUCUAGUCCAUUAAACAAGGUGGAACCUACUUACAUCUUUGAAUUCAAUCAUCAAAAUUGCCAAUUGACUCUUCAACAGCAUCACCUAACAAUUUUCCUAUAAUGGGCUUCUUCGGCUUCUAAGCUCUAGUCCAUUAUAGGGAAAUUGUUAGGUGGUGCUGUUGAAGAGUCAAUUGGCAAUUUUGAUGAUUGAAUUCAAAGAUGUAAGUAGGUUCCACCUUGUUUAACACCCCCGUCCCCGUGGAUAGAUAAAUUUGAAGUCAAAGAUUGUUAGUCUGGCGUUGUUUUAGCCUUUUGUUUUCUCUUUUACCUGAACUUAUGUAUGGUUAGCAAAGCACGCAGAGUCAGAUAAACAGAGUUUUUCCAUUUCAAAAUACAAAAUGCCAUGCAAUGCGAAACCUUAACAUUAUUUUCCUUUUGCCCCGUUUGUGGUUUGACUCACUUGGGGGCAUGGCCUUGAAUUCAAUGUGCUCGGGUUCCAGCGCAUAAGUUCUGCACAA